GCCCUCUGUUUCAUCUGCAGCACACAAUUUCCUCUAAAUAUCUCUCUCUCUUUCUCUCUCUCUCUACAAUUCAUCUGAACUCUCUCCUCCAGACUCCGACGAUCUAUCUAUCCAUUUGAAUAUAUGGCGGAAACACAGAUGAGGAGUUCAGGCAACCGGAAGCAGUCGAGCAGGCUUCAACGGCGGGCACCGGCGUCGAUACAGAUCAGACCGGCAGAUUGGAAGGCUGCGAUUCCCCUCUUGUCACCGUUGAUCACGUCGCCGACUUCGCAUGAUCUGACGGUGGAGAUGAAAUCUUGUAAUAAUCAACAGGAGCCUGCGAAGCCGAUAGUGUUCAAGAAGUGGCAGCACCCGGCGGCGCCCUUCUCCUACGAGCCGGCUCCGUUUGUACCUUUCGGUCGUACCGGGGCCGGAGAUAGAUAAAAAGCAGUGUACUUAUAUAUAUAUAUAUAUACAUCUAACGGUGUAUGUUUUUUUGAUCAAGAUUUUUUUUGGUUUUGGAAAUGGGUUUGUGUAAAUGCAAUGCAAUGGAAGUAGUAUAUUUUAUUUUGGAUAUA